CAGUCAGAAAGUCGUCAGUUUUCAUCUACACUCAACAUGGAUCAGUUGCCAGCAACGUUUGUGAAAGGUUUUCACGAUGAAGAAAGUGUCCGGAAAAUGCAGUAUAAUUUAUUAGGAAAAACUGGGCUACGCGUAUCGAAAAUAGGAUUCGGAUCCGCACCCUUUAGUGCACUCUUUGGAAAAUUCGACGAAACGGAAGGCAUUCGUGCGGUACACUUGGCGUUGCGCAAAGGAAUCAACUAUCUCGAUACGGCCCCCUUCUACGGUCAGGGUCGUUCCGAAGAGGUUCUUGGAAAGGCGUUGAAGGAUGUGCCUCGUCAGGCGUACUACGUUGCAACAAAGGUGGCCCGUUACGAGAAGGACUACGCGCGCAUGUUCGACCACAGUGCCCAAAAGACGCGCGAGAGCCUGGAGAAAAGUUUGAAGCUGCUCGGAGUGGGUUAUCUGGAUGUGGUUCAGAUCCACGAUGUGGAAUUUGCACCUGAUUUGAGUGUCAUAUGGAAUGAGACUUUGCCCACUUUGGAGAAAAUGAGAGAUGAAGGAAAGCUCCGAUUCAUUGGAAUAACAGGAUAUCCUCUGGACGUUCUUAAACAAGGAAUAACCGGAGCUCCUGGACGUUUUGAUACUGUUCUUAGUUAUAGCCGUUACACACUGAUUGAUGAUUCGUUAGCAAAAUAUCUUCCAUUUUUCGAGAAAAACAACUUGGGGAUAGUUUGUGCUGCUGGUCAUGCCAUGGGGAUGCUGACCAAUGCGGGACCUCAAUCGUGGCAUCCGGCUCAUGAGCAUACAAAGCAGAUCUGUUGGGAGGCGAGCGAGUACUGUAAGCAGCAAGGAGUUGAACUGGGCAAACUAGCCAUGUAUCAUUUUAUUCAACUUGACGGACCGGCCACGUUUCUCGCGGGAAUACAAACGGAGCAUUUGGUGGACAUCAAUUUGAAGGCGUUUUUCAGUGGUCUGACUGAAAAGGAGCGGAAUGUUUUGAAUUAUUUGGAACAGAGUGUGUUCCCGAAAAUUGAGCAUUUUAACUGGGAAGGUGUUGAAUUGCAACGUUAUUGGGAAGGUAUAAAUUCAGUGAAGAAAUAAUUCAAGAGAACUUGUUAAAAACCAUUUUAAUUAAAAAAAAAAUGUUUCGAUUUUAGAAAUAUUGCAUGAUCAAAACAUGUCACAGAAUAUUUGCAUGAAAUUAUAUAAAAUAAUGAUAUAAAAUUUUAA